CAAUUGGGGGCAAAAAUAUUUUUGUUUUUGUUAUCAUAUAAAGCAAAAUAAACAGAAUAUUUAAUUUCACUUUUUGUUCUCAUAUUACUCAUUUUUAAUACUUGGCAGUUUAAUUUCGUUUGUUAUCACACUCUUGCGGUUACUCCUUAAAUCAAAAAGAGAUGAGGGAUUUGUUGUUUACUUCUAUUACUUGAUGGUAAAAUGGAUUUAAAGUACGUUUUUCUUAGUGUGGUUUGUUGGUUUCACUUAACAAUGGCCAUUUUUGAACCUGUUAAGUCACUGGAUCCAGACUGCAACCAAGCCAGGGACGCCUUUGCAAAUGCCUCAUCAGUGUUUAUAUCCUGCUCCAUUAAUAAUUCUCACCCUGUGACUUUUUGUGGCAAUUGCGUCUCUAACUAUAUAAAUGUGUUGGCGACAUAUAAAAAUAUGUCAACGGUAAAGAAUAAUGGGACCUCUUGUAUAGAAAAUUUUGUUAAUUUAGAUAGGCUAGGUAUAGUUCAGACUAUGUAUCAGAGUAGUGUGAAUUUAUGGAGCAGAGCAAAAUGCAAUGAUUGUUUUGUUACUGAAAAAGGCUUCCUAACAGAACGGCCCUCAAAUGUAUCAAAGCAGUUCAAAGAAUAUUACCAUACUUUUGAAAGUUGCAUAAACAGCAGCGCAUACGAAUGCUCAGAGUGUUUAAAUAGUUACACAAAUUUGCAAAACUAUUUUCUUAGCUUUAGCAGUGAAUCUGAAAAGAUUGGGACUUGUAUGGAUCUUGUAGAUAUGAUGAACAAUACUUGGACCUAUUGGGGCCAGAAAUGUUGUCGUUUUAGAAAACACAAGGAGAUAACAUUUAUUUCUUCUGUGGUGUCUGUUUUGGUAGGAACUGUAUUGUUUUAUAUAGUGGUGCAAUUGUAUGCCAAGAAAAGGCAACCUACCAUUAUGGAACAAAACAGAUUUUUAAGUACCUUGGAAUCAUGAUAUCUUGUAUAUUAAGACUGUUGGGUUUUACUUGAGAAUUUAUGCCAUAUGACAUGAUACUUAGGCACAAGUCGUUAAAUUGUUGGUAUUUUUAUCUUUAAAAUUAUAUUAUAUAUUUGUUAUUGUAUUUUAUAUAAAUCUCUUUAAAUCUAGCAAA